CACCCCCCCCUUCUAGCGUUGGGCCUUUAUUCUAAAAAUUUGUAUCGGAGCCUUACUCUCUGAAAGACUUAACCGUUUGAGAGAAACGAUCAAUGGCUUCUACUCAAAACUUAUACGCAGGUUUAGGAGAAGGGCAAUCCAGCACGAGGCCUCCAUUAUUUGAUGGAACGAAUUACACAUAUUGGAAGGAGCGAAUGAGAAUUUUCAUCCAAUCCAACAACUUUCUCCUAUGGAGAAUUAUCAAGAAUGGGGAAGAAGUGCCCAUGAAGAAAGUUGGGGAAACCACCGUUCCCAAAACCGAAGAAGAAUACGAUGCGCAGGAUAUCAAGAAAAUAGAGAACAACGCCAAGGCUAUCAACAUUCUUUAUUGUGCAGUAAACCCGGAUGACUACCGGAAGAUCUCUUGUUGUUCCACCGCCAAGGAAAUGUGGGACAAGCUAGAAAUCACAUAUGAAGGUACGAAUCAAGUCCGAGAAGCUAUGAUAGAUUUUCUAACCCAUGAAUAUGAAUUGUUUCGUAUGAAGGAGAAUGAGAAAAUCGAUGAGAUGUUUGAACGAUUCUCCAAAAUCGUUAAUGAUCUCCAUGCUCUCAAGAAGACGUACACGGACAAGGAGCUUGUAAGAAAAAUCCUGCGGAGUCUCACACCGGAAUGGCGCUCCAAAGCCGAUGCUAUCCAAGAAUCUAUCGGCAUCUCCAGUGUCACCAUUAACGGGCUUAGAGGUAACCUCAAAACCUAUGAGUCUACCAUUCUUUACCCCUCAUUAGGUGAACAAAAGAAGAAUGGGAUUGCACUCAAGGAAUCAACGCAAAAGAAACCAUAUUACUUCUUCUAUUAUGAUGAAAAGAAGAAGAUUCACAUACCACUUCCGGAACCCACACAAAUCAAACCGAGGUAUAGACAUUCGGUUCGAGUAGACUGGAACCCGCCAACCGCAAAACGACAAGUUGACCAAGGCGGUCAAAGAAAAUGUUCCCGAACCAGCAAGAACGUUGCUUCCUCCUCGGCUCCUCCUCCACCACCGGUGCACAAGUACCUCGAUAAGUCGUUCCUUUGGUUCAACGACCGCGCAGAGGCGACACGGUUCUCAGAGAAGUUUGAACACCGGGAAAUUCUCCCUCCCCGAUUCUCCACCGCCCGCUUCAUUCAUGACUCCAUUCCACGUGAGGCACGGGUUAUCCUAAAACGUGGAAACUUCCUCGAUCUCCUCUACAUCAAGAAGGUCAAUUAUCACCCCUUUCUAGUUCGAGCUUUCUACUCGAACUUGAAAAAGGAUGAGGACGGAACGUUGAUCUCUAACGUCAACGGGGUGGACAUAUAUUUGAAUGAGGAAAACAUUCAAAUUCUCACAGGGCUUCGUCGGGACAGACAGGAUCUCGGGCUCUACGUCGGAGAAGAAGGAGCGCGGUUCAAUGAGACCGCUCUCUUGGAGGAAGUGGGCAUCCGACACUUCGUCCCCACUCCCCAACAGCGGCGCCCUACGAUUGCUUCCAUGAGCCCCGUGUUUCGAUUCAUCUUUUAUGUUUUGACACGGAUUCUCAAGCCCAGGAAGUUCAAUCCCACCACUCUCUCCCAGGAGGACACGAAGACAAUUCAUGUGAUGAUUCACAACGCCAAUCUCAAUUAGUGUAAAUUUGUGAUGACUCACAUGUUCACGGCCACCUCCGACAAUCGGCCGCCCCCCUACGCCCUCCUUGUCAUGGCGAUUCUUGAAGAGUAUAACAUCAAAACCGAUGUUGGGCCAAAGAUAAAGGGGACAAAGCAUU